AUCAAGAUGCAAUGAAUGCCCCAGCAGCUGACCGACGCCGUCGUCGAAGAAGAGUACCAGAUGGCAUGAGAAAGCGGGCCCCUCGAGCCUGCACCCACUGCAAGGCGAGGAAGAGCAAAUGCAUCGAGACGUCACGUGGCAUCUGCCAGAGAUGCAUGCAGAGCUCACUAAACUGUGAAUUUGAAAGGCAGCGAAGUUCUGUCGAGUCGGAACUCGAGAUUACACACGAAGCUCAGAUCAGCCCUUCAACUACUUUCGCCGCAGAUACCCCAGCAGAGCGCUUUAUGUGGCCUCGCUUCCUUCACAAACUACGUGAAACAUUGUCGUUAGAGGAAGUCAGUGCAUCAGAAGCGCAAUCGUCAACAUUGCCGCCAGUCCAUCAACCGCGGCAUACCCCUGACUCGGCCCGCAGAGUCCGUGUUGCAGCUCGAGCCUUUCCUCCCCAAGCAGUCGCACGCUUUCUCGUCUCGGUUUGCAACGAACAUGGCACGGACUCCUUCCAUUACUUCGAUACUGCCCAGUUCUCUGCCGAGCUGGACGAAUUCUACGCCAAUGCUGACUCUCCUUCACGCCUCGACAGUGCAUUUGUUUGCCUGGCACAUGCCACAUUCGCUCUCGGAAGUCAAUGGGCUACAUUGGUGCGACCAGAAGGGUCCAUAACUACACCUCCGCCACAAGAUAGCGACCCUGGUCGCAUUUUCUACCAGCAGGCUCGCAGCCUCAUCCCUGACAUAAUCGAACUCAGCUCCGUACGCACGGUGCAGGCAACAUUUGUCAUCGGUGUCUAUCUCCUUCCGGCAAGUGCUAUCAGUUCAUCAUAUGUCUACCUUGGCCUGGCCCUGAGAAAAUCUCUGGCAAUCGAUCUGCAUCUAGAGGUAGAGGAGGUCAGUAUCAACGAGACUGAGAGAGAACUCCGCCGAAGACUCUGGUGGGCUGUUUACUCUCUGGAAAGGUGCACUACAGUAAAGCUCAGCAGACCAAGAUCUGUCGAUACAGCAAUCAUCACAGUCAACCUGCCUUCGCCGCUUCCUGCACUUGAUGCCCAACAAGCUUUCAACAAUGUUGACCAUCAGCUAGCAAAUGCGCAACUCAUGAUGAUCCUGGAUCGAGUCGACGGGUCAAUGACUACACAAGGCCCAGUAACAGGUGUCGAAACUGCGCUGAAGCAAUGGAAACGCUCGUUGCCACCUACAUUAAAGCUGGAAUUGAUCCAUCCACGCAUAUCGAGCUACCGAGCUACCUUCCACCUAUACUUGAACUACUACUUUGCAAGAAUAGCGAUGGGAAAAGUCUCCGUCGUUGCGAGGGUCCGAUCUUACCUAAAGAACCACUUCAGUGGGGGGAGUCAUCACAAUUUUGAAAAACACUCUGAUCACCUAGCUGAAGCCUGUAUCAAGGCAUCGAAGAAAAUACUCCGCUUAUACGAAGACGUCCGGCGAACUGGAAACCUGACACGCUUCUCGUUUACCGACUUCCAAGGCUGUAGUGUCGCAACGUCGCUCAUGCUGCUAGCCGGCAUAUUGGAACGCGACUCGGACUACGAAAGACAUGUCAAUUUUGGUCUUGACAGUUUACGGAAGAUGGCAGAAGGUAAUGCCACUGCGACAGCUGGGCUGAAGUUUGUGGAAGCUUUGCAAUCCAUUGCUGAGGAGGCCGUGCAGAAAUUGUAUCAGCACGGUGUUGCCACAACUAUUGCGACAGCCACGCAGGACUUUCGGCAGACAUCAGACUACGGUACCUGGGCUGAUUGGCUGGCUCGUCAACCGAGGCAAGCAAACAGUAUGCUGAGGUCAGGGACUCAGACGCCGCUGGAUUUGGGAGGGUCUUCGAUGAUCUCGAACGGUGAACCUGUGAUGGAAUUUGCUAGCUGGGACGGGGCCGCUGCGCUCCAGCAACUCUCAUCGGUACCUCCCCUGAUACCACCCUCUGGUGGACUCCAGUACGAAAUGAACGCCGCAUCAACAGACACGCUCGAUCCUGCGAUGUUCAUGACUGACUACAGCGAAGAUCCAAUGUUCCUUAUGGGCUUGACUGGCUUCGACAUGAUGGGCUUCGGGUUACAUGAUUGAAACGAUGUCAAGCUAUGGCUAUCAGAAGCCACGUGUUGACUCUACGUCAUGAUAGCGCACAUUCCGGUCAGCGAAGACCUUUAGUGCUCUUCCCCGAGCCCAAUCGAAUACAACAAAAACCUUUGUGAACUUUCUCAAGCGAUCUCACGUUUUCAAGCAACCUUUCCAUGUCUAUCGAUGCC